CCAGGACGCUUUAAGGUUAUGAUGACCAGUCUGAUUGGGGAUUCUCUUUUCUACAACUACUGUUUUCAAACUAAAAUUGAUUUCCCAAUAACGCUCAACCCAUAAACUGUAAAUAAUAGAAAGUAGAGAAAACAUCAUAGCUCAAAGCAUGUGGCUCUCUAAACGGGGAAAACAAAUUUUCAUUCUGAUAAAAAAGUGAAGUAAUCUUCCGUUCCAAACAGUAGUCCUGCUUGAAAACAAACCCACGUGAGUAAACGGGAUAUUCCAGUGAGCCAGCCAAGCCGGCUCGGGUAUUGUAAAGCGUACUCCUGUACAGACUUAGUCAUACUUUUCUCGGUUCUCACAGUUCGGUUUUACGCCUUGCUUUUCCAAAGGAAGAGCUGCUUCCUGAACGAUCAUCUGCGGUCUACGAGCGAACAGGCGGAGUCGGCGGACGGGCGCGGCGUCUCGUCACAUCCUCGUACUGUACUCGGUCACUCGGUUGGAUCUCCCCGUGGUGCUCAUCCAAGUUAAAGAUGAACAUUAUGGACUUUAAUGUAAAGAAAUUUGCAGCUGACGCUGGGACAUUUUUGAGCCGCGCUGUUCAGUUCACAGAAGAGAAACUUGGUCAGGCAGAGAAGACUGAAUUAGAUGCUCACUUGGAGAACCUCCUUUCCAAAGCAGAAUGCACUAAACACUGGACAGAAAAAAUAAUGAAGCAGACAGAAGUUGUUUUGCAACCAAACCCUAGAAAUGCCCUUAUUAAAUGCGGAGAAACACAAAAGAGAAUCGGAGGAGCAGAACAAGAAUUCAUGCAGACAUCAGCUCUUAACUUUUUAACGCCUUUUCGAAACUUCCUUGAGGGAGAUUAUAAAACCAUUUCUAAAGAAAGAAAAUUAUUGCAGAACAAAAGACUGGACUUGGAUGCAGCAAAAACUAAACUGAAAAAAGCAAGAGCUGCAGAAGCCAGAGCAGCUCAGCUAAACAAGCCUCAACUGGAAGGAGAUGUAAUGGUAAAUUUCUCUUGCAUCCUCAAGUUGCUGCAUAUAAGAUGGCUAAAGUUUUGGGCAGAAGAGGGGACAAAAGCCGAACAAGAGCUCAGAGUUGCACAGAGUGAAUUUGACCGACAAGCAGAGAUUACAAGACUUCUGCUGGAAGGAGUUAGUAGUACCCACGCACAUCACCUUCGCUGUCUCAAUGACUUUGUAGAAGCACAGAUGACAUAUUAUGCACAAUGCUAUCAGUACAUGACGGAUCUCCAGAAACAACUUGGAAGUUUUCCAUCUUCAUUCUCAUCCAAUAAUAACCAACCUGCUACUACCUCAGUGCUAAACAUGUCUGUUCCCACAGUCCCUGCCUCCACAUCAUUGACUCCUGUCAGUUCAGCAGUCCCUUCAGGUUUUACAGAAUUGAAGGGGUCCACUGGUACCAGAGUAGCAAGAGUUCUCUAUGACUAUGAUGCUGCUGAUAGUAGUGAAUUAUCCCUGCUGGCUGAUGAGGUGCUGACAGUGUAUAGUGUACCAGGAAUGGACUCAGACUGGUUGAUGGGGGAAAGAGGAAAUCAGAAAGGCAAAGUGCCUUUUUCUUAUUUAGAGCUAAAACCUUAAGUGGAUGACAGCUGUAAUUGCAACGUAUUUAUAUGCAGUUAGCUUUGUUGAAAGCAAUAUAAAAGACAUCUUCCAUGAUAAUGAGUUACAAGAGAGUGCCAGCCUUGAAUAUUGGCCGUUGACUUGUCACCAGUACUGCUACAUGGUAACCUGUGCCAACACAUCAGAAUUAAUAUAUAAAGUAGUUCUGAUGUUGGAUUUUUACUAUUCAUGUGCCAAUUAUACGAUUAUUAAACAAUUCGACUUUUCUAUUCAGUUUUUCAUUAAUGUACAUCUAUGUGUAUACAGAAUGCUUGGAAAUAAAUUUAUUGCUGUUAAAUGGUGA